AUGAGGUCAUACAACUUGACAUUAGAUGCUAUGAACUUUAACAACAACUUCACAACAACCAUUAACCCUGAAAUGCAAAGUUCUAUUAUGCCAUAUGUGAAAGUAUGGACCCAUACAGGAGCUCAAAACACUCAAUAUACAAAUGGAGACCGUUCAAACUUUUGGCUUGGCAUUCCAUUUGCUGACUCAGAAGACUUUAUGGGUGGUAUUUCAACUGUUGGUACAGUUCAAAUACAAUAUACUGGUGACAGAGACGGUCCAAAUGAAUUGAAAGCAAAGAAGUUUACAAAACCAAUAGCACUUUUCACGGAAGAUGCUCUUUUGAAGAUUCGUUCGAUGAAACCUGCUGGGGCUCCUCAGAUUGGCAUAACGACAGCUUCCAUCGAGCAGAUUUUGGCAGCAGGUCAGUAA